UAUGAGUUCGUUGCUUACAGAAGGGUAACAACUAGUCCUAGGAUCCAGCAUUUGAUACAGGCUCUAGCCCAGAACAUAUCGUAGUAUCUCGUUGUAGCAAGCAGCAAGACCUCAAGCAAGUCAUAGGGAAGUAGAGGAGUCCUUACUGUCGACAGACGCAAUUCGCACGUUCCUCGCCAACCAGCCAAUGACGGCAGACCUUAACGCGUCGUCUCUUCCCCACCAAACGCGUCCUUCACCCACCUUCACCGCCCCUCCAAACAACUCAACUUCCACCCUCGCAAAAUUAUGUCAGACACCCCAAUCCCCAUCCACGAGCCGCCGUCUCUGCCAUCGUCACCCCUCCCAAAGCGAACCAAAGUCAUCGACCCCACUCCUCUCUACCACGCCUCCACUCUACCACGGGGAACAGACUCGGGCGCCGCUACACCCACACCCUUGGCAGCUUCACAUCUCCCCAGCCACGACAACAUGGCAGCACUACAACCUUCAGCGCCGGUUGGUGCGUCGUCAUUAGCUAGUGCAGCGGCGGCGGAGCAACAAUUGCAGGUACAACUGCUGAGUCCGAAUGCCAAGGCGCCGACAAAGGGAAGCGCUUUCGCUGCUGGACACGAUCUGUACAGUGCAGUCGAGAUGGUUAUUCCAGCGCGAGGGAGAGCAUUGGUAGCGACGGAUAUCAAGAUCUCGGUGCCGGAUGGAACGUAUGGCAGAGUAGCACCCCGCUCCGGCCUCGCCUACAAACACGGCAUCGACACUCUCGCCGGCGUAAUCGACGCAGACUACCGCGGCCCCGUUGGCGUCAUCCUCGCCAACCUAUCCGAGAACGAUUUCCCCGUCAAGAUCGGCGACCGCAUCGCCCAACUCAUCGUCGAGCGCGUCGUCAUGCCCAGCGUAGUUGUCGUCGACCAAUUGGAAGACACAGUGAGGGGCGCUGGUGGUUUCGGCAGCACAGGAGGCUUUGGCGCGGCUACAACCGUAGCAACCCAGGCGGCGGAAACUGCGACAGAGGCUGCCGAGGUGGCAGAGGUAGCUGCAGAUAGUGUAAAGGCUUAGGUUGCUGCGACCAUUUUUGCUGUUAGCAUUGCGAGUAAUUCACGAGGGGAAUACGCCGCGGAUACCCAAGACCCCAUGCUCGAUACGGCCGCAGAUGGUAUACUGUCUCUCCUGGGUGAGGGGAACUGCGAAGGUAUACACAGGGCAUGGCUGAGGCAGAUGGUUCU